CUGUGUGUUCUUCCCUUGCUUCUCCCCUCAUCCUAUGGGGGGGCAACCAACAAGCCAGCUCAGGAGCACAGGCCCAGUUGAAUAGAGGGAUCAUUUACUCAGUAUCUUUCUUCCAGGGCUGGAUGGGGCAGCACCUCAAUCAUAUAGGGCACAUGGCAAACCUCAGUAUCACCAGCAAAAAUUCACUACAGUUCAACAAGUUUUUCUAAAAGUAAGAAGAGAAAACUGAUAGAAAUUCGAGGCUGGCUCUAGGUAAAAUUGUUUAGCAGGUAAAGAGUCACUGCAGGGUCCCCAGCCUAGGUCUAGAACACAGUUUCCCAAAGCCAGGCUAGUACUACUCAAUUCUAUUUGAAUCUGCUGGAAAACAUUGUGUGCCUCUGCUCAGCAGUUUCCCCUGGAUCUGUGGAUGUCCUUUCUUACCUCUUUGAACUUCUUUCUGCACCUACCUUCCUCUCUUUGAGAACUGCCAAGUUCUUGUCCUUUAUUUCCUUCCCAGGUGCUCUCACUCUUCCUGCUGAUUGCUUUCCCCUGGCACCUCUAUCUGGAGGCUGUUGAGCCCACAGCUUCCUCUUUUACCAAACACAGAGAUUGAAUUUGACAGUGGGAAUUAUUUUUGUUGCGUGGUUGGCAUGCUUAAGCAAAAACUGGCAUAGAAGUGUUCUAAGUGUUGAGGUUUGGAGUUCUAAGUUAGUCCUGGUGAUAAAGUCAUAGCAAAAUUCAUCCAGAGGUGUUAAUUGAGGUGUAACUGAGCUCUAGGAUAUACGUGCAUGGCAACACCUGAGAAGGUUGCAAGCUAAACCAUUGUUUACUGAUCGAGGAGUAAAUGAGCCAUCUAGAAGAGGAGGAAGUGAGGUUUCAGAGGAUAAAGGGAAAGGUUGUUGAGGUACCAGACAUUUUCAAGAGGCCCCAGCUUCCCAAAUCUUGUCCAGCAUUCUUGAACCUGGACUCUACUCCUAAGUAGCCCCAUAAUUUGUAGCACCCCUUCUCAAUCCAAUUCCCCCUAAAAUGCUCUAGUACCCCCACUCUCAACCAGAUACCUCUCACUUCAUGGUACUCUGACAUCUUUGAGUACCUCCAGACCUUAGCCCUGUGCCCCUGGACUUCAAGACAUAUUCCACCUUCCCCUGUCCAUCUUCUAGAUCAGUCUGUCUAGCCUCCCUAAACCAAAUACACUUCCUUCUUAUAUUCAACCACCUAAAGGAUAUCCCUGAUCAGACCCCUUGUCUGAAGAGCACAAGUGGCUUCUUCAGGACCCAGCCUUCUGUGAACACACUGAUGCUCAUAUAUCCCAGGGCCAUGACUGCAGAGAAGGGAUGGAACUGCAUACCACUGAAGGCAUUUACCCUUUCAGUUUGUGUCUAGGGCUGUGCAUCUCCCCACUCCAACUACCUAAGUAACUGCUGGUUGAUAUCAUAAUUGACAUACUGAUUUGGUCUUCCUGAGUAAGAUCUCAAUGAAUUCCAGGUAAUUUUUUAUUUGGGGAUGUACAUGAUCAUUUUUCACUUUUGCAGACCUGAUUUUUGGCCAUCCCAAUUCACCUGCAGGGAUGAGUCAGUGACACCGGACCUACCCACCUAUGAAGAAUUGCUUUUAUUCUUUGCUAGGCCCCAUACAAACCUGGGUGGGGAAAAGCAGGAAUAUUUCUUCAUUUCCUUUUUACUAAUCUCCUAGGGCCCGGUCCUUCAGAAAAGAAGGGAAUGGGCCAAGGAAACAAAUGGGGUGGAGGAGAGGAGAAAAGUCUCGAAGGGGCCCUGGAGUAGGAUGGGAUGAAUGAAGGAUAAGGAACAGCAAAGAUAGGGGAUCUAUAUACCAGCUCCAAUACCUGCCUUCUUCUUCUUUCUCUACCCCUGACUCCUACCGGUCCCUCUAAUGAAGCUAUGCCAGAGGAGCCGCCCUCUAACCCCAUAUAUCUCUCACUUUCUUAUUUUCUUGGUUCUCCCCAGGGUUAGGUUCGACAUCACCAAAACCUGUCCAGGACUGAACAUACACUUUGCACAGAACAGGCAUCAGCUAUAUUUAAAAAGGACAUCCUGAGGAUAAAAAUAGUCAUAAUGUCACCCUCUAGCCCAUAGUUUGCAAAGCCUUUCCCAGGAUAGAUCUCAUCGCGUCUCUUUGAACGUCCGAAGUGUUAGGCGGGGCCAAAGCCACUAUCCCCACUCUACAAAUGAGGAAAAGCGCGACCCGCCAUGGCCACACUUUCAGGCUGAGAGCCGCUAGCUAUAAAGCAGUCAACUGGCAGCAAGGGUCGCGCCCCUUUACACCACUGCAUCUGCGACCCCUGGCGCGAUCCCUGCCGGGAAUUGUAGUCCAAUGAACCUCAGCUCCUAUGGAUUGGACUACAAUGACCAGCAUGCCCCGCGCUUUUUUGCGCCCCCUUCCCUUUCAGCCUCGGGCGCGGGGGAGGCUCGGCAGACCUGCUGACUGGGAAGCGGUAUGGCAGCGACACUCGGCAGCGGGGAGCGCUGGACGGAAGCUUACAUUGAUGCAGUUAGAAGAAACAAAUACCCAGAAGACAGACCUCCUGAAAGUCAUGACCCCUGUGGUUGCUGUAACUGCAGGAAGGCACAAAAGGAAAAGAAGUCUGAGCAUGAGUGGAAUCAAACCCGACAGGGUGAGGGGAAUGCCACUUAUACUGAGGAGCAGCUGCUUGGAGUACAAAGGAUCAAGAAAUGCAGAAAUUACUAUGAAAUUCUGGGGGUUUCACGAAAUGCCAGUGAUGAAGAGCUUAAGAAAGCUUACCGAAAACUCGCCCUGAAAUUUCAUCCUGACAAGAACUGUGCUCCUGGAGCAACAGAUGCUUUCAAAGCAAUAGGAAAUGCCUUUGCAGUCCUGAGCAAUCCUGAGAAGAGACUCCGCUAUGAUGAAUAUGGAGAUGAACAGGUGACUUUCACUACCCCUCGAGCCAGACCUUAUAAUUAUUACAGGGACUUUGAAGCCGACAUCACUCCAGAAGAGCUGUUCAACAUCUUCUUUGGAGGACAUUUUCCUACAGGAAACAUUCAUAUGUUUUCAAACGUGACAGAUGACCCCCACUAUUACCGCCGGCGGCACCGACAUGAGAGGAUGCAGACACGGAAGGAAGAGGAAGAAGAUAAGCCUCAGACUACAUAUUCUGCAUUUAUUCAGUUACUUCCAGUUCUGGUGAUUGUGAUUAUAUCUGUGAUUACUCAGCUGCUAGCUGCUAAUCCCCCAUAUAGUCUAUUCUAUAAAUCGACCUUGGGCUACACCAUUUCUAGAGAAACCCAGAACCUACAGGUGCCUUACUUUGUGGAUAAAAACUUUGACAAGGCCUACAGAGGAGCAUCUCUGCGUGACCUGGAGAAGACGAUAGAAAAGGAUUACAUUGAUUACAUCCAGACAAGUUGUUGGAAGGAGAAACAACAAAAGUCAGAGUUGACCAAUUUGGCAGGAUUAUACAGAGAUGAACGAUUGAAACAGAAGGCAGAGUCGCUGAAACUUGAAAACUGUGAAAAACUUUCCAAACUGAUUGGCCUACGCAGAGGUGGCUGAGAGGAUGGUAGUCCUAUGCAGGCUCGGGGUUUUGCUACGUGUUACUGUUUAUGUUCCUAAUUCCAUUGUAUAAUACAAAAUUAGGAAAUGAUGAACAUUUUACAAUUUGCUAACUUUGUUUGGUGGGCAGAGUUGGAGGUGCUUCAGCACGGAGCCAGACUUGUCAUCACAGAAUCCUUCCUGGGGGUUGGCUCCGGGGGCCAGGAGCAGGUCAUCUAAAUUGAAUUAAUGGCAAAGCAUUAGAUUCAGCCCCGUGCUCUGCGCCUACCCUGCCUCUAGAAAUGUAGUUCAGGGCACCCCAGAGCAGAUUCAUAUUUUCUUCCUUCUUCCCUUCAGUGAAGUCUCAAUAGCCAGUCAUUCCUAGGCUUAGCCAAAGCAGCUUAAUAUUGGUUGUUUACAAUGUGCACUGAGAAUUAUACCUCUCCCUUCAUUAGAGUCAUCGUCUCCCCACCAGAUUCAGCUGUUGGAACAACUCAACUUUCCAUUUUCUAAGGGAAAUGUGAAGAAAUGUAAACUGUUGUAGUCCACAGUUUUCUAGUUGUCUAAUCUCUGUUCAGAGUCACUAGCAUUAGCAAACUGCCUAAUUUGGGUUUCUUUUACUUCCUUAACCCUCUCUCUUGUAGAGAGCCCAGAAAUUAAGUUAUUGAGUGAAACAGUUCAAUGGACACAUGGAAGCAGGUGAAGGUAAAAUGCAAGACUAAGUCUCAGCUGCUCAGUGCAGUUUCCCUAGUCCAUCACAGAACCCAGAGAAUGUUCUUGUUGGCAUUUCCCCUUGCAGCAUCACACUUAAGCUGAGUCCCUACACCCCACAGAGGUACAGUGGUCAUACCUAAGAGGAGGCACUGCCAGCCAGCUGGGCUGUUUGCUCAAGCCUAGAGAUAGAGGGGAAAGACCCUCAGUCUGUGGCUAUGGGGGUAUGGCGUUGGCCCCAGCAGUCAUUGUUUAACCCAGUGCCCUGUAGUUUGUGAUAGGAGAUGCUUUUUCAUGUAGUCAACAUUUGUUGAGUGCCUGGUGUGGAAUGAGAACAUUGGCUCAGAGAGGAUGCAUGGUUGAACUGGGUCACACAACUUGUUGUGACAGAGCUAGAUGGUAGGCCGACUAUCAGGUAGGAAGUGUGUGAUCAUCCCCAUUGCUCAGGUAAUUCUAGCCAUAUUGGUUAAAGCAGAAUCUUUCCCAAGGAUGCUCCUCCCCCCACCCUGGGAUCCUGUAUCCUUUCUAUGGCAGUCCUACAUCCACUUAGGACACCUCUCUACACCACUUCUGUAUACAAAACAAAAGCAGGCAGCUCUUCCCACUGGUGACAAGGAGGAGGGAAGUUGUUGCCUGGACUGUGUGGUUCUGGGCCUUCCCGUGGAGGUGAGCUACCAGGACCAAGCUGCCCAGAUUAUAUCAUGAAUCUGAACCUGGAAGGAUCAGUAGGUAAAGGUAGUCUACACUCCAUGUUUUCUUCAGAAUGGAAGAAAAGUUCCUGUUGGAAGGAGAGUCUACAUUAAAACUUGUUUCCAAAGUAGAGUUUUCUCCUUUCAGAUGCAUAGCCAUGAUUUAGGCAGAUGUAUCUAGUAUUGUCCCACGUGUGGGCAUCCCACAGGGUCAGGAGAUGUGUCCAGAGGUAAAGAGUGGGGCUUUGGUGGCUGGUAGGGGCACCUGCUCAGCUGUAGGGAGGGAGAGCAGCUCCAGAGAUAGUCAGAUUUUGUCACCCAACGAAGUCUAUCCUCCUGGGUUUUGGGAGGCUUCCUUGAUCCCCUCUGAGUGACUGAAGGGAUUUACAUGAUAAAAUGUGCCUGUGAGCCAAAUGAGCUAUAGAAAGUUGUUUUCCUGUACACACAAAAAUCAAAGCUCCCCUGUCCCCAGCCCCAAUCUCUGCUAGAAAAUGGGCCAUAAUUAAACUGACUUGACAAGGUAAAAGACUCUGCUCUAGAUGCCCAUGAAUAGUGUAGUCACACCUGGAUUUCAUGGCAGAGAUGAGUUAUCUAUGAUGAUACUAAAUAGAGGCAAUACUAACUCACUUCAUUAAAUGUCAGGUCUGUUGUCUGUUUUUAUAGCACUGAUGGUACUGUUUUAUUUAUUACCUAAUAGACUGCAACACUCACAUCUGGUUUUCCUCAAGGGAAUGGUAUUUGCUUUGGAUUGAAGGAUAGUUUAAUCUAUUUGGUACUGUCCAGAAUAUUGUUAAACUAUAAUUUCCUGGGUUGCAUUUUAGAUGGGUUGUCUGCAUGGUGGUAAAAUAAGCGUUUUCCUCUUGCCUACAUCAUUUGGAAAGUUUUUAUCAUAUAUAAACUCUCUAGGCAUGGCGUAUUCUUGCUCUCAGAACUUGGCAUGCAACUCUAGACUAUUUCUGUGAGCACAAAUGCAGACUGGAGACGCGUGAUGGGAGUGGGGCUAAGAAAUAGGGCUUGAGGCUCGAGCAGAAAGCGAAGCUCUCGUAAGAAUGGAAGUGCCCUCUACACUGCAUGAUCAGCAGUGAGGAAGGUGGGAUGAAAACCCUUCUCAUCACAAGGGGCACUGCAGCUUAAAGGAAUCCGUGUCCCCAGAUUAGCAACCCUGGGGUUCAUCUGCUCAAACUAGAGGACUUCUGAACUUCCUUCAUCAGCUCCAGGCCUCACAGCUUGGGAGAAGUGACCAGCAAGAAAAUGCCAUUGCUGUUCUUUCUGUUGGAAACUAUUAGAAAUUACGCCGAACUCCAAACCCCACUGGAACGUGGAAUCCAGCAGCCUAGUCAAGCUAUGUGUUACUCUCAUUUACAUCCUCACACUCAGGACUGGCUUUGUGAGGAGGCACUGUUGGGAUUCCAGAGCUUUCUGUUACGAAUAGCCACACGCGUGAGUUCAUCGUCUGCAUGCACUGUUCCUCACAGGAGCUAGCGCUUAAUUAGUAUUUAUUUUGGAUUCAUUUAAGGUAUAGGCUUAGUGUCCUAAUAUAUUUAUUUUUGGAAAGGACCAACUUAUUAUACAUCUUAUUUUUUGAGCCUGCAUGGUUGAUAACCUCGUGCAGUGACCACCAAGUAACUAUAUACCUGUAUGUUAGAUAUUGAUUACAUCUUUUGCAUCACAUUCAGUAUUUGGAAUUAAAGAUGUGAAUGUUCUGUGACCAGAGCCAGGUUUGACACAGACGGCAUCAGCUCCUGGUGGAGUAAGAAUCCUGAAAAAUCUGGUCACCUGAUCCAUUGCAUCUGGAUUGAGUGUAUUUUAACAGAAAGAAAUUAAAUGAUUUUAUAU